AUGCCGACCCGCACCAACGCUGCGAGGGACACGAAUCCGAGCGGGACUGGUGCUCCACCACGCGCUCCGUCCAACAGCUAUCGUGACUCGACGCUAAACAUCUUCGCUCUGCUGCUUGCCUUCCGCAUCGUCAACGCACUAACCCUGCGCUCCUUUUUCCAGCCCGACGAGUUCUUCCAGUCCCUCGAACCUGCAUGGCAGCUUGCGUUUGGCCCCGCCAGUAAUGCCUGGAUCACCUGGGAAUGGAGAUCCCAAUUGCGGUCGUCCCUGCAUCCAGCGCUAUUCGCUGCCGUCUAUCGAGUCGCGGCACAUGUUGCUGACUUCUGUGGCUUGACCUUGCCUGCUAAAGCCGAACUACUCCUAGCUGCCCCGAAAGUUACCCAAGCCGUCUCUGCAGCCUUGCUUGAUUGCUACACAUGGAAACUUGCGGAAAAAGUCUACGGUCGUGGCAGUCGCACUGCCCUUACUACUCUUGCAUUGUCUGUCUGCAGCCCGUGGCAGUGGUUCUGCGCGACCCGAACACUAUCCAACUGUCUUGAGACUACCAUCACUUCUGUCGCUAUUUACUAUUGGCCUUGGCAGGGUGCAGCAACAGCUAGCAAGGGUCAGACGCAAAUUGCACACCACGACCUCGGCUCCCUCUCAGAGUUGCGCCUGUCACUGCUGUUGGCAGCGCUUGCGUGUAUUCUCCGGCCCACCAAUGCACUCAUCUGGCUGUCCGUAUCCGUUCCAGCUCUAUGGCAAGCCUCACAUCGGCUGCGCUAUGUGUUGGUCCGUGAGAUCCUGAUUUGCGGCUCCGCCGUCCUGGUAUUAUUUCUCUAUUUCAACAUCGCUCAGUCGUUAGCCGUCUUCUACGGGAGGAACCGCGGCGACUACUAUUUGACCGAAGGUUUGCCGUUGCUCCUCACGACAUCGUCGCCAUUUGCCGUUGUUGGCCUGUGGCAGUCGUUGAGGGGCUUAGAGCCACGUAGCCCAGCCAAAGGCGACAGCCCGGGUAAUACAGCAGCUUCAGGUCAAGAUACUGCGGGCAGUCAGAUACUAAGCCGUCUGUCAUGGACGGUGAUCGUCAUGACUGCUACGCUGAGUUUGAUCUCGCACAAGGAAGUUCGCUUUCUGUACCCAGUCCUACCCUUCCUUCACAUCAUCGCCGCCAGGCCACUCAGCAAGUUUUUACCUCCUCGCGCUGCGCUAUCGCACAAAGCAGUCGUCCUGUUCUUGCUUGCUGUAAACAUCCUACUUGCAGGCUAUGCCUCUCAAGUUCACCAGCGUGGAGUCAUCGAUGUACUCGCCUAUCUCCGUCAUAAACAUGAAACGCGCAACAGCCUAUUACACGUUCAUGGCAAUAGCGAUAGUAACGUCGCUGCUGUGACCAAUACAACAGUCGGCUUCCUCAUGCCCUGCCACUCUACACCCUGGCGCUCCCACAUCAUCUACCCUGAAAUCUCCGCAUGGGCUUUGACGUGCGAGCCGCCCAUCGACAUACCGCUCUCGCAGCGCUCAACCUAUCUCGACGAGGCGGAUAAGUUCUACAUCAAACCUGGCCCUGUAGCUUGGCUCCGAGCCAAUAUGGAAGAUGUACAGACGAUCAAGGCGAGUGGAAGUAGGUCUGGUCAGCAUUGGAUGCGCCAGGAUCCAAAGUUCAAACGCAAGUACCGGCGUCAACUAUCCAAGCCAUCCAAGUGUCUUCGACUUAUCCCUUCCUUCUCCCUGAGCCCAAAAGCCGCGUCGCGACGAUUUCGUGACAACGAAACACGCCCAGUACCCAAGAACAUCGAGCAGCAACUAUCCCAUCGCGAAUUUGCGUAA